AUGCCGCCUCGAAUUGCCCGCGCCAGCGUGAGCAACAACACACCGGCUGCCAAGAAGAGCAAGAACAAAAACAAAAAACGAGCCCUCAACGCCUACGCUUCGGCCGCCCGGCAAAUUCCCGAAGGUCGCAUCAAUCGCAAUCGUUUGGGAGAAGAUCUGGACGAUGGACCCAAACGAAAGAGAAGUCGCGAGGAAAGUGAUGAGGAGGAUGAAGGGGAUUUUCAUGACGACGACGACGAGGACGAGGAUGGACCGGCUCGGAAGAAAGUGGCCAAGAGAGGAAUCUUAAGCAUGGGAGACGAGAGGGAACACGGAAGUGACAGCGAGGGGAACGAGUGGACCAUGGGAGGUUUGAAUGAUGACGAGGAUGACAGUGAUUUGGACUCGGAUGAGGCGUUUGGCGAGUCGGAUGAGGAGAAAUUCAGUGGUUUUACCUUUCGCGGGAGUGCGAGGAAUCAAAAAGGAAAGGGCAAGGCGARGAAGAUGAUGGCGAGGAGGAAUUCGAAGAAAGAGGUGGAUUUGGAUGAGAGUGAUGGCGAAAUUGACGACGGCGACAGUCAGGAUGAUGAGGGCGAGACGUUUGGGGACGAUGGGGUGGAUUUGGCCACCAUGUUGGAUGAUGAUGGUGAUGAUGAUGAUGAUGUGGAGAUGAAGAAUGCAACAAACCCAGACAGCGGGAGUGAGGAGGAAGAAGAUGAUGAGGAUGAUGAAGACGAUUCAGAUUCAGAUUCAGAUCAAGACGCCUCCGAUGAUUCCGCGGAUGAAGAGGCCGUGGCGCGCAACAUGGACCGCAUCGUGGGCCUGGAUCCUUCAAGGCAUUCCUCUACCCAACAAUCCGAAGGUGUCACCACCGUCGAUGAUUUCAUGGACGGUAGCAUCGCUCCCCUCGCUCCUCUCAAAUCCAAGAAAUCCAAGAAAAAGGGACCAGUCACCCAACUCGCCGCCAAACUCCCCAAACGUCAACAAGACCGCAUCGAUCGCGAGAUUGCCUCCGCAAAAGCCAAAGAGCAACUUGACCGAUGGCAGGAUACCGUCAAACACCACCGUCGGGAGGAAUUCCUCACCUUUCCCCUCCAGGACCCCACAGACAAGUCGGGAAUCACGGGCAAGGAAAGGUUCCUUCCCGCCACCCAACAAGCUCCACAGAAUGAAUUGGAGGCGAGUAUCCAACGCAUCAUGGAGCAGUCCGGUCUGGCUUCCAACAAACCGGAUGAGGAGAAUGUGGGCGAGGAGGAACAGGCAUUGUUGAAGAGCGAAGAAUUGGCAACAAAUAAGCUGCCGGUCGAGGAAGUGUUGAGGAGGAGAGCGGAGCUGAGGAAGAUGAGAGAGCUCCUCUUCCGUGAGGAGAUCAAAGCCAAGAGAAUCGCCAAGAUCAAGAGCAAAUCCUAUCGAAGAGUGCAUCGCAAGGAGAGGGAGAGGGAGGAGGAAAAGGAGAGAAUUGCCAUGCAGGGACUGGGUGGCGAGGUCAUGGAUGAAGAUGAAAAGGAGACGCAGGAUCGGAAGAGGGCCGAGGCGAGAAUGGGCACCAAACACAAGGAGAGCAAGUGGGCCAAAUCUCUCAAGGCUACCGGUAGGGCGGUGUGGGAUGAAGGCGCGAGGGAUGGUGUCAUCGAGCAGGCGAGACGAGAGGAGGAAUUGAGAAAGAGAAUGGACGGGAGAGAUGUUUCGGGGGAUGAAAGUGAUGGCAGUCUGUCUCCUUCGGAAGAUGAGGGUGAUGCUCCCUUUACGUUGAGGAAGUUGGAGCAGAACAGAGAUGAUGAGAAGCCGAAGAAAGGGUUGGCGAAUAUGAAAUUCAUGCGCGAGGCCGAGGAGAGGAAGCAGAGGGCCAAUGAUGACGACGUGGCUCGCUUGAGAAAGGAACUUGCGGUGGAAGAUGGCGAAGAGGAGGACAGUGAGGAGGGAGAGGAGAGUCUGGGACGUGCUCUCUUCGGACCAAGGCCCACCAAGAACAAAUCCACCCAUCCUAAAGAGCAACGACUGGAGUUUGAGGCUCCCGAUCAUUCCGCGGAAGAAGAUGAGGAUGGCGAAGAUGAUCAAGAUCCACAAGAUCAAGUCAAAGUCAUCACCGAGAAGCCAAAAGUCAAAAACGGUACCGCAAGAGCCAUGACCACAUCCACCAUCCCAGCCAGCAAACCCAAACAAGAAGGCUGGCUGAGAGAUAUCGACGACGACGACACUUCCAAGAGUAAAGCCAACAAAGGCUGGCUACAAGCACCCAAGGGGACUUCCAGAAAAACAGCCGUGGCGACCGAUAACCUCGACCUCCUCAAACCCGUCUCCAACGACCCUCCCGGCAAGUCCGAUAAAUCCACCUCCUCGUCCAAGAAGCCAGAGCUCAAAGACACCUCCUCCAAAGACAAUACCUCCAACUGGACCACAAUCCCUCAUCCGAACAACCCCCCCAACGACGAGGAAGAAGAAGGAGAAGAAGAAGACGGCGAACAAACCAACCCCCUCCUCCCCCCUCAAACCCAAUCCCUCCAACAACGCGCCUUCGCCGGCGACGACGUCGCCCUAUCCUUCACCGAAGAAAAAACCGCCCAAGCAGCCUCCGAAGACACCCAAUCCACAUCCACCUAUCUCCCAGGCUGGGGCAGCUGGACAGGCGACGGCCUUUCGCGCUCGAUCCGCAAAUCCAACUCUCGAGCCCGACACAACCCCCUCUUCAAGAACAAAACCCCUGGGGGAACGCGUCCCGAAGAUCGCCUCGACAAAAACCUCGACAAAGUCAUCAUCAGUCAAAAAGGUGAGGAGGGAAUUGUUCGAAAAGGUAAAAAAUAUCUCGCGAGUCAAUUACCCCAUGAAUAUCAGACUAAAGAGCAAUAUGAGAGGAGUCGAGCUAUGCCUGUGGGUGUGGAGUGGGUUACUAAAGGUGUGCAUCAGAGGAUGGUUAGGCCUAGGGUUGUGGUUAAGAAGGGGGUUAAUGUUGAGGCUUUGGGGAGGCCGGUUUUGUAG